CGUGCAAAUAAAAUUUGUUGUAAUUCAAUUUGUAGCGGUUUCUAAAUAAAUAUUUUUAUUUAUUAUUUAUUAAAAUUCAUAUUGCGAAAAAUAAUUUGUACUAAUAUGCAUGUUGGUACAUCUCUCAAUAAUGUGGAUUUAAAGAAAAAGAAAUGCACAUAAGAUAUAUAUGUACAUAGAUACGUAUAUACGUAUGGAUAUAUGUAUAUUUAGGAACAUUUUAUUGUAUCGUGUAUGCUUGUUUUAUGAAAACUGUGAUAUAACAAUUUUAAGUGUGUGUAAACGUGUGUACAUCUAGGCAAUACAAAAAAGUGCGUUUUCUUCACAAAAUAAAAAUUUUAAAAUCUUUAUUGUUUUUUGAAAUAAAUAAAAGUCAAAGAAGUUUUGUAAAUCUGAAAAUUAAUAAGGUUCAGCUAAAUUUGCCUUAUAGAAACUUGUUAUUUAUAUACACAUUGUUUUGUCAUAACUUAAAUGAUAAAACAUGGGAAAUGGAAUGAACAAGGUAUUGCCUGGCUUAUAUGUUGGCAACUAUCGAGAUUCAAAGGACACCCAACAGUUGGACAAAUUUCAAAUAACCCAUAUAGUGGCUAUACAUGAUAGUCCUAGAAGAUUACUGCCGGAUAAACAUUAUUUAUGCGUAAUGGCAGCAGAUACGCCUGAUCAAAACCUAUCACAAUAUUUUAGCGUUUGCAAUGAUUUUAUUCAUGCUGCGCGUUUAAGAGAAGGCAACGUCCUGAUACAUUGUUUGGCGGGUAUGUCUCGAUCCGUUACAGUUGCUGUGGCAUACAUAAUGACAGCCACCAAUUUGAAUUGGAAAGAUGCUUUGAAAGUAGUGCGUGCUGGUCGCGCUGUAGCCAAUCCAAAUGUAGGCUUCCAAACACAAUUACAGGAAUUCGAAAUGUAUCGUUUGAGUGAAGAACGCAGACGUUUGAGAGAAAGAUUUCCCUCGACCGCUUUAGAACAGCUAGACCGGGCGAAAUGUUUGUCGGCCUUAGAUAACUAUGAAGAGUUACUGCAAAACAAGGAUAUAUGUGAAGGAAACUGUGUGCGAGGCGAAAAAUGUCCUACAGGUGUUUGCAAUAUGGACCCCACCAAAGGUCUCUUCCGCCGACGACCUUCAUCUGCCUCAACACGAUCACGCCUCCGACCUCAAAGUUCUACUGGAGGGGUAACCACCGCACAGUCGUGUCCAAAUUCACCGAAACACAACACCCAAGGUGGCGUGGGGUCACGUCGUUCAUUGGGUGGACAAAAAAUUCCAGAAGAUGAAGAGGCCCACCUUUCACCCACCACUUCUACUGAAGCGGCCGAAUAUGCAGCCGCCAUUGAAGCAAGUCGCUUAGAGGCUCAGCAGCAACUUUUACAGCAACAACAAAAACAACAACAACUUCAAAAAUCACCUACAAGAAAUUCUAUAAGAUCACCUCGUGUCAGCAGUGCUGGAAGUCGUUUGACUGGAAAUUCGAAAUCAGUGAAAACUAACAAUAGCUCGGCGACUACUACAACAGGUGGUAAAAACGGAUCCCCACAUCUGCAACGUAGUGCCAGUACGGUUAGUGGUAUGGCCGUUCGACCUCGCAGCAGUCCAGCCGGUUUACAUUCCUACACAGGUUCCGUGCCAUCCUCCGUCCAUGGAUCGCGUGUCGAUUUGCGGGAUGCUGACAAGGGAUCGGCAAUAUAUUUAGGUUGUUCGGCUCCACGAAAUUCUUCGCUGUCACUAGCCUCCUCACGUGCUUCGUCGGGAUCAUCGGCACCACCCUCACCGGCAAGAACACCACCUGUUAGUCCUCGUCAGGGCGUUAGAAGAUCCACCAGUUUAAUAAAGAAACAAAGAUGAAACUUCAUGAUGGUUUUUUAUAAAAAUCAUAACCGACUAUUAUUUUGUUUUCUUAAACAAUUCAAACGCAAACAAUUCUUACGCAAAAGCAAUGAUUAACAUUCUAAGCUUAAACAAUUAUUAAUAUAUACUGCAAAGGGAUCAUAUGGAAGAGACGCAUUUUUAAAGAAUUAAGACAAUUUUUUAAGAAGCAUUUUGUUUUAAAAGUACUCUUAUAACUUACUGCUUAAAACAAAUAUUAAACCUUAAAGCUAAUCUAAAUACUCAAUUCCAAAUAUAAACUUAAAAUCUAUAUUAAAAAACUAUAAGCAUUUAACGCUUAAUCUGAUAAAAUUAAAAAUUGUUAUAAAUUUAUAAAAUAAUACUGAAUCUAUAUACAACAUACAUAAGUUCAAAUAUGUAAUUAUAUGCAUAAACUUAAAAAGCAAUUAAACUAGAUUUCAUACGUUUCGUUAAGUAAGGCUUUCAUGUGAACUAAAUAUUUUCAUAACAAAAAACUUUAAUUAUAUAAUUAAGAAAAAAAUCUAUCUUUAUUAACUGAAAAUAUGUAUGUAUAUUUAACAAUCUGGAGCUAUUGUCAAAAACAAAGGACAUUUAUUUUUUCUACACUUUUCUAUCUAUUAAGCUUACAUACAUACAAAUAUCAUAUUGACAUUUUAAAAUGAAGCUAUCGAACUAAAUUAAUUAAAUGCUGGAUCAUUUCAUAAACUAUACUCAGAUAAGUUAUUACACAUAAAACCCUGUUUACAAAUUCAACGCUGGUACCUUUAAAAGUAAUACAUGAAAUAUAAGAUUACAGAUAGAAGUACAUGUUUGUUACCUGUUAAAGUUUAAGAAAAGCAUAGAAAUAUUUAAAAUUAUUAGCUCAACUAAAUAAUUUUGUUUUUAUAUUAUUAUUUAAAUAAGAACAGAUUUAUUUUAGAAAAGUUUGUUUGAAGCCACGAAACCAAUACUUUGAGAAUUACAAUUUAGGAACAAAUUUAAAUGAAAAAUUUAUGACUGCGGGAGUUGCACAGACUACAUUUUAGUGGACCUAUCCAGCCUUAAGAUUUUUUAUGGUAAUUAUCAUAAUCAAAAGAAAUCUAAAACAAAUUUUGAACUUUCAAUAUUUACCUAGUUUGCUUAAAAGAAAAAAAUGUUAAUUAUUUUAUGAAAAACAACAACACAGGAAAACAUAAAAUAUGGUUGGAUUAAACUUGUUUAAAAUCUCCUCAUGUGUAGCAAAUUGUUCCUAUUCUCGUCGAGCUUUAUAACUUGGUCUAGAUACUACGAAUGAUAGAAUGAUAUCACAUUUUACAUAAUGGUAACAUUCAAACUUUCAUACAUAGAAAUGUACGUGUUUGAAAUUGAUUAUAAAGAAAUUUCCUUGAAAAUAUAUUAAAUUUUGUUUUAUAUAAAUUUAUAUAUUUAACUUGAUAACUCAAGUUAAUUUAGAUAAACAUUAAAGUUGUUUGUUAGAAAUAUCUUAGAUUUUUUAUACAAAAAUGCAUAAAAUACUAUUGUUUUUAUACCAAAAAGUUGUUACAUGUUAUUGUUAAAUGAAUUAGCUUUAAACUUUAGAGAAAACCCUUUUUGUUUUUUUUAAUAGCGAAAGCUUGUCUAUUAUCAUUAAAAAUAUAAUACGGAAAAAUAUUUAAAACCACAUUUUUACAUUUUCGAAAAAUAACUAAAUUUAAAAUAUUUAGCUUAAUUUUCAUUAAAAAUGCCACAAUCAUUUAAAAUAUAUAUAUAAAAAAAACGAAAUGUAAUUUUUUUAACAACACCCAAAAUCAUCUAUACGCACCAAUAUACUGCUAUAUAAAAAAGAAAAAAAAAUUUAAAUGACUUUAACUAAAAUACAAUGCAAACAGUUAAAUUCGAAUUAUUAUUAAUAAAAAAGUUCUUGUGUGACUUAAAAUUCAAUUAUUUUUAAGACGAUAUUUUUGAUUUAUCAUUAAAGACAUCGUAUGUUUCUAAAUACUUUUUAAAAAUUCAAAAAUUUACAAAUUGUUAAUAAACAGGUCAUUUUAAGAGAACAAAACACUGUGCAAUAUUAAACAAAAUAAUAAACAAAA